AUGCUUGGGCGAUCAGUAAUUUUCGGCCUUAGACAGCAAGCAAGAUUUACUUCGUUUGAGACAAUCAAAUAUGAAAAAAUUGGUAAAGUUGGUCUAAUAACUCUGAAUCGACCGAAGAAAUUGAAUGCAAUGAACACUACAACAUACAGUGAAGUUGAUCAAGCUCUCCGAAAAAUCUCCCUGGAUGAUGAUCUGACUGUCGCCGCAAUCACCGGUACUGGGAAGUAUUUUACUUCUGGGAAUGAUAUGGGAGACGGUAUGAAGCGUAUGAUGGAAAGCGAUUUGACGCCCGAAGAAGUCUCUGCUCAAAACACAGAAACGUUCAAAUCGCUAGUUGGCACUCUUAUAGAUUUUGAAAAGCCCCUUGCCGCACUUGUCAAUGGACCUGCCAUUGGAAUCGGUGUCACGGUCCUUCCUCAUGCUGACUUUGUUUGGAGCUCAGAUGACGCGACGUUUCGAACGCCAUUUACGCAAAUCGGUCUAGUUCCAGAAGCCUGUUCAUCAUACUUGCUUCCUCAGGUUCUUGGUUCUGCAAAUGCAAGCGAAAUGCUUCUAUUUGGCACUCAAUUUACAGCGCAAGAACUUAAGAGACUUGGAUUGGUCUCUCGAAUCUUCGAAAAAGAUGAUUUUAUGAAAAAAUCGAUGCGACUAGGGAAGAGUCUCAUCAAGAGCAAAGAAGUGCGAGAUACUCUUCAUCAAGUCAACGCCAAUGAAUGUGAAGUCCUUGCAACGCGAUACACCUCAGAGGAAGUCAUCGAAGCUGUUAUGCGUUUUAACUCUCGAAAAUAG